AUGGCGGAACAACCACCAAACACGCCUCAAGCAGACCUCGAAUCCGCCCAACCCCCAACCAAAGAACCGGAUCCUAACCUCAUAACCUUCCCACCCUCCGACCCCGAACACCCGCGUAACUGGCCGCAAUCAACGAAAUGGAAAACAACAUGGACCGUAUCCCUCUUCGUCUUCAUCUCCCCCAUAUCCAGCGCAAUGAUCGCCCCCGCCCUAGAAGACCUCGGCCGCAGUCUCAACAUGCACGGCAACGUGGAGGUCUAUCUAUCCAUGGCCAUCUUCAUCUUAGCAUACGCCGUGGGACCCAUCUUCUUUGGCCCUGCGUCCGAACUCUACGGCCGUGUGAGGAUACUGCAAAUUACGAAUUUGUGGUACUUGGCGUGGAAUUUGGGCUGCGGCUUCGCAACGACGAAGGCGGAGUUGUUUGUUUUCCGGUUCCUGGCUGGUAUAGGCGGUAGUGCGCCUUUGGCUGUUGGCGGCGGUGCAGUGAGUGAUAUGUGGAGUCCUGAUGAGCGUGGGAAAGCAAUGGGCAUGUAUACCAUGGGUCCGAUGCUGGGUCCUGUCAUUGGCCCUAUUGCUGGUGCGUUUAUAGCCCAGUAUUCUACGUGGCGAUGGGUAUUUUACUCGACUAGUAUUGCUGCUGGUGUUGUGCAGGUUAUUGGUUUUGUGUGGCUGAAGGAAUCGCACCCUGCUACGAUUUUGCGCUGGAGGAGGAACCGUCUUGUGAAAGAGACGGGGAAUGAAGACCUUCAUACUGGUGCGGAGGAGGAGAGUAUUGCAAAAACGUUAUUACAUGCGGUGCAGAGGCCGGUACGCAUGUUUACCACACAGCCCAUCGUUGCUUGUAUCGCCAUCUACAUGGCAUACCUAUUCGGCACGCUGUACCUCAUGUUCGCGACCUUUCCUACCAUAUGGACAAAAGUCUAUGGUGAGUCCCAAGGAAUAGGAGGGUUAAACUACCUCUCCAUAGCAAUUGGCAGCUUCAUCGGUAUACUGUUGCAGCUCAAAAUGGUGGACCGCAUCUACCGCACCCUAAAAACGAAGAACAACGGCAUCGGGUGUCCCGAGUUCCGCAUGCCAAGCAUGGCAUUCGGCUCCGUUGUACUGACAAUCGGAUUAUUCUGGUACGGAUGGAGCAUAGGACACGCGCACUGGAUCAUGCCCAACAUUGGAGCCUUGAUAGUCAGCGUCGGCGUGAUUUGCUGCCUGCAGGGAAUGCAGAUGUACAUUGUGGAUUGCUACCAGACCUACGCGGCGAGUGCGAUGGCUGCGUGUGCGGUACUCAGGAGUCUCGCGGGCUUUGGGUUUCCUCUUUUUGCGCCGUAUUUGUAUGAGGAGCUGGGUUAUGGCUGGGGGACGAGUGUUUUGGCGUUUGUGAGUAUUGCGGUUGGAUGGGUUGCUCCGGUUGUGUUUUGGGUUUGGGGGCCGAGGUUGAGGGCUGUGUCUAGGUUUGCGUCGGGGUGA